AGUAUAGUGUAUCAAUCGGAUGGGCCGACUCUCCCAACGCGGAAAAAUGCAAACCCCUGAUAUCGUAGUGGGGAAACCGGCAAGCGAACCGAGAUCUACCUACGGGAAGAACACAACGUAUGCCGCGAUGAACCGACCCGAGACGUCACCGAGCAACUUCUCCGUAAUAGUAUAUGGCCGAUGAAGUGAGGGUUGCCGCAAUCGGCAUGAUCCCGUUUUCGCGGAAAUGGUUUUACUACUUGAAAUGGCAUCACUAACCCCUACUCAAGUGAGAGAGGUCCUUGGAUAUGUCUACGGAACACUUGACGAGCCAUCUUUGAAUCUGUGCUUAUUCCUGCUAGUAGACUUUAUACCAGUAUAUUAAGAAACUUCUGGUUAUCAAUCUGAAAGAUGAGAAGAGCCGUCGCGUCAAAGCCAUUACAGGCUUUUCAGGCCCGAAGUGGUCUUGGUGGUGCGGUCGCAAGGAGAGGCAAAGCUACUGUUCCAUUCCGGCUGCCAGCCCCCCGUAAUGAGCCCAAUCCUGAAUACAGAAAAGGGUCCCCAGAAAGACAGAAGUUGGAAGAGACAAUAAUCAGGCUGCGAAAACAACUUCCGUUGAAGAGUGAAAUCUUCGUGAACGGCAAAGUUCAAGCUCAGUCUCAAUCGAUAGAUCAGCCGCUUCCUAGCGAGCACGCCACUACUUUUACCAACUUCCCUCUGGCAACCAAGGAGCAAGUUUCCAACGCAAUUGAUUCUGCGUUGAAAGCCAAGAAGUCGUGGGAGCAAACCCCCUUCGUCGACAGAGCUGCCAUCUUCUUGAAGGCCGCUGAGCUUGUUGCGACCAAGUAUCGCCAUGAGCUCAUUGCGGCGACCAUGCUCGGCCAGGGCAAGAACAUCUGGCAGGGAGAAGUUGACGCCGCAGCUGAGUUGGCUGACUUUUUCCGUCUCAACUGCAAUUAUGCUGCCGAGAUCCUUGAGAGACAACCAGACCGUGGAAGCGACGGAAUGUGGAGUCGCUUAGACUACCGACCCCUAGAAGGCUUCGUCUACGCCAUUUCGCCCUUCAACUUCACUGCGAUUGGUGGUAACCUCAUCUCCGGGCCUGCGUUGAUGGGCAAUGUGGUACUAUGGAAGCCUUCAGCAUCCAAUAUUUAUGCUAGUACCAUUGUAUACAAGAUUCUCCUCGAGGCUGGUCUCCCUAAAGAUGUUAUUCAGUUUAUCCCUGGUGAUGCCGAGGAAAUCACCUCCACCAUCCUUGCGCACCGCGAAUUUGCUGGCUUAAACUUCGUCGGCUCUUCUGACGUAUUCCGCUCCAUAUACGCCAAGAUUGGCGAGGGUAUCGGUAAACGGACCUACCGGGACUUCCCCCGCGUCGUUGGCGAGACGAGCGGAAAGAACUUCACCCUGAUCCAUCCCUCGGCCGAUAUCCAAAGCGCCGUUUACCACACUAUCCGCGGCUCAUUCGAAUACCAAGGCCAGAAGUGCUCUGCUACGUCACGACUUUACCUUCCCGAGUCCCGGUCGAAGGAGUUCCUAGACACCAUACAGUCUAAGAUCAAGGAGAUCACGAUCGGAAGUCCCGACAAGGACCUCAGUGCAUUCAUGGGCCCCGUCAUCCAUCGCCGGUCUUUUGACAAGAUCAAGUCGAUUAUCGAUGCUAGCAACAAGGAUCCCUCAUUGAAGCUGUUAGCCGGCGGCGAGUAUGACGACUCAACUGGCUUCUACGUCAAGCCCACAGUAUACGUCGCAGACUCGCCAACACACAGACUAUUCGACGAGGAAAUAUUCGGUCCAGUUUUGGCGAUCUACGUAUACCCCGAUAGCCAAUGGUCCUCCACGCUAGAGCAGGUUGACAAGAGCGGCGGUGGUUUCGCUCUAACUGGAGCCGUCUUCGCUAAUGAUCGCGCGGCUCUCCGAGAGGCAGAAGACACUCUGCGAUACUCGGCAGGAAACUUGUAUUUGAACUGCAAAACUACAGCGGCCCUCAUCGGCCAACAGUCUUUCGGUGGCAGCCGGGCGAGCGGUACCAACGACAAGGCUGGCAGCUCUAACGUCUUGCUGCGCUUCACUAGCCCCAGGUUAAUCAAGGAGGAGUUCUUUGGACAAGAGGGCUUUACGUACCCUAGCAAUAGCUAAGUUGGGGAUGUUAACAAAGUGAAAUGUACAUAGUAAUUAAUGUCAGGUAUCAUUUA